UCCCUUCUUUUUUUCUGUCAAGGGGUGGAGGCCAUGUUUUCCCAGCAGCCCCAGGACGUGGUGGCAGUGGCGGGCCAGCCGGUGACGUUAGAAUGCACCAUCCCCGGAUACCACGGCAUCGUCCUGUGGAUCAAAGAUGGACUGGCUCUGGGAGUUGGCAGAGACCUCUCUGGCUAUCCACGUUACACAGUGAUUGGCGACCAUGGCUCAGGGCAGCAUCAUUUGCGCAUCCAGCGUGUCGAGCUAAUGGACGAUGCAGUUUUUGAGUGCCAGGCUGUCCAGGCAGCCAUGAGGUCCCGUCCUGCCCGGCUCACUGUGCAUGUACCCCCGGACGACCCAGUCAUCGGUGGCGGACCUGUGGUGAGCCUGAGAGCUGGCGAUCCUCUAAACUUGACGUGCCACGCUGACAAUGCCAAACCGGCGGCAUCCAUUAUCUGGAUCCGGAAUGGAGAGGUCCUAAACGGGGCCAUGUACUCCAAGGUAAGCACUGAGACAUUACUCCGAGACGGCAGGAGAGAAAGCACGGUGAGCACUCUCUACCUUUCACCUUCCAACAUCGAGACCGGUCAGCAGAUCAUCUGCAAGGCCUCCAACAAGGCAGUGCCCAAUGGCAAGGAGACCAGUGUCACUAUCGACAUUCAGCAUCUCCCUCUUGUCAAUCUGUCAGUGGAGCCUCAGCCCGUUUUGGAGGGCAACCUUGUGAAAUUCCACUGCUCUGCAAAGGCCAACCCUCCCGUUUCGCUCUACAGGUGGGCCAAAGGCGGGAACAUGCUUAAGGAGGUCUCGGGGGACACCUAUGAGGUUAUCGUGGACCACUCUUUCUUCACAGAGCCUGUUUCUUGUGAAGUUACUAACUCGCUUGGCAGCACCAACGUCAGUCGGAACGUCGAUGUCUACUUUGGGCCUCGUAUGGCUGCCGAACCUCAGUCCUUGCAAGUUGACCUGGGAUCUGAGGCCAUUUUCAACUGUGCGUGGACAGGAAACCCUUCUCUGACCAUAGUGUGGAUGAAAAGAGGCUCUGGAGUGGUUCUUAGCAAUGAGAACCUACUAACUCUGAAAAACGUGAGGCAAGAGGACGCAGGGAAAUAUGUCUGCCGCGCCGUCGUCCCACGUGUCGGAGCCGGGGAGAAGGAAGUCUCUCUUACCGUAAAUGGGCCACCUACCAUAUCCAGCACACAGACUCAGCAAGCAUUACAUGGAGAGAAAGGUCAAAUCAAAUGUUUCAUUCGAAGUACGCCUCCACCGGACCGCAUUGCCUGGUCAUGGAAGGAAACGGUUCUGGAGUCUGGAACCUCUGGCCGCUACACUGUGGAGACUGUCAACACGGAGGAGGGAGUCAUUUCAACACUCACCAUGAGCAACAUCGUCCCAGCCGACUUUCAGACCAUCUACAACUGCACAGCGUGGAACAGCUUUGGCUCUGACACAGAGAUCAUACGCCUUAAGGAACAAGGUGGGAGCCAAGAAUCUCUCCCAGUGGCUGUGAUCAUCGGCAUCGCCGUGGGAGCUUUCGUCGCCUUCAUUGUCCUAAUGGGCACCAUCAGCGCGUUCUGCUGCACCCGCUCCCAGAGAAAGGAAGUGCACCUGGUUAUGCCCUCACUGCCCGUCUCCAUCUGUGCUCACCAGAGAGAAGUUGCAAGCAAAAUUAAGACAGAAAAUCUGAAGGGAGUCGUGUCUGCAAAGAACGACAUCCGGGUGGAGAUUGUGCACAAAGACCACAACGCGGCCCGGGAAAAUGAAGAACACAACUCCAUGAAACAGCUGAUGGUUGAACGAGGAGAGUUCCAGCAGGAAUCUGUUCUGAAGCAGCUGGAGGUGUUACAAGAGGAGGAGAAGGAGUAUCAGCACAUUAAGGACCCUACAAAUGGCUAUUACAGUGUCAACACCUUCAAAGAGCACCACACGCCGACCAUGACGGGGAAUCAGACCGCCGAGGUGAGGAACUCCACCAACACCGGCACCCUCGGCAAGCAGCGAGUGCCAACAGGCAUGUCCUUCACCAACAUCUACUCCACGCUGGGGGCAGGCCCCAACCGCCUGUACGACUAUGGCCAGCGCUUUGUGCUUGGCAUGGGCAGCAGCUCCAUCGAGCUCUGCGAGCGGGAGUUCCAGCGUGGCUCGCUCAGCGACUCCAGCUCUUUCAUUGACACGCAGUGCGACAGCAGCAUCAGCAGCUACAGUAAGCCGGACGGCUAUGUGCAGUUUGAUAAAGACAGCAAGGCGUCCGCCUCUUCCUCUUCCCACUACUCCCAGUCGUCCUCACAGAACUCGGACCUCACCCGACCCCUCCAGAAGCGGAUGCAGACCCACGUCUGACCGCUAGAGAGGGAGGGUGUUUGGAUGAGGAGCAACGAGCAGUCAGGAUUGUAAAACUGUUAAGGAUCCCCUGAAGUAUCAGUGUUUGUAAAAAAAAAAAAAAAAAAAAAAUUCCUUAGGGCCCUUAAAACCACGACUGGGCUUGAUGGACCUUGUGACCUGCUUAGACAUCAAAAUGUCCCCAAAAAAAAUGAAUCAAGAAGCCUUAUAUUACCUUCAUGCUUAAAUCAUCAAUCCUCCUCUAUCCCUUUUUUUUUUUGACCCAAAAUACAGAUGUGCCACUGAGAGCUUAUUUGCCAAUACAGACACUACAAGUUUGAAAUUUAACUUGCAAUACUUGGUUUCUACAUUCAGAUUGUUAAGGAAUCAGAGAGCAUGAUUUCAAAGGCUUUGUGUGACAAUCAGCUCUGCUGGCAUGGACCAAAUUUGCUUUCUGAAGACUGUGACACAGAGAAAAAGUGAGCAUUCAGCGCAGCACUCUGCACAAACUGCCAGACAAUGAAACAAAGCCAACGUCCUGCUGCCCUCUUGUAGUUUAAAGCACAACAGUGAAUGUGCAUGUUAUUUUCUGUCUGUUAAAUUUAUAACUUGCAACACUUCCUCCUUGCCCGUUCACACUGUGUGCGAAGGUUAAGUUGUUGCAGGCGGAGGAGAACUUUAAAACGAACGCCUAUUUCCCCCUCUUUCUCUAUAUCUGAGCUUCACAAGAAGAAGAUCUAAGACCUCAAUUGAAAUCUCUGAGUCAUGCUUCGACUUUGACGCCGCGAUAAAACAUCAGUGUCCACACAUGACUGUAAUUUCUUUCCAAGCAUCUAAAUUUUUGACUCAUUUUCCACAUCGCGCAGAAAUAUACACAAGCGCCUCUUAAUGUCUAUAUCUGUUUUGCCUUGAGGGUCUGUUUGAACUGGGUCAUUGCUAACUUACAAAGUGAGAUAGGCAAACACUAUCAGCUGUCCAGCUUAUGCGGAGCUGUGUCAAAUAUUAUGUUUUGAUACCAAAUCUAGUUCCAAGACACAUAAAAGAGGAAAGCUCACAAGCUACAACUUGCAUUGCAUUUGUCAGGUUUUUUUUUUUUUUUUCUCCUAAAUCUAAAGGUCAUCAACGACACCGAUAAAUAAAAAGUAAACAUCAUGUUCUAGCUACUUGUGUGAAUAUCCCAUUAGUAUUGUCAGUAUCACUGUUGACACUGGGGCUUAGUGCAUCCUGACUGUAUACCUACUGGUGAUUGUGCUGGUCGAACAUGACAAACAGAUAGAGAUGGUUUUAUUUAUUUAUUUUCAGUUUUUAUGUUGUCUAUGAAGACGGUGGUGGAAAGCUAAUGCCUGUUCACACUGUGACAUAUAUUAGGUUUCGUUCAGUACCCAGUUGCUGAUGCUGCACUCAGCCUUUAGCCACUUAAACACUAACUUUUAUACCAUAAUACUUCUUGUAAUCAUAAUUGUUCUUUUUAUGGGGCUUUAUGGGAAAACCCAGACUAUUGUCCAGAGUUUUUUUUU